AUGAUUAUCGUGGAGAAGCACCGCGCGUUGAAGCAUGCAGGAAUUCAAGCUACCCUGUAUGCCGUCCGAGGAAGAUACUGGUUUACUGAUGGUCGCAAAACUGUGCGAAAAAUCAUUUUUAAUUGUGUUACGUGUUUUAAAGCAAAACCUCGCGGGGCUAAUUAUCAGAUGGGAAACUUGCCCGCAGAACGUGUAGAAUUUUCGCGACCUUUCUUAAAUACGGGUGUGGACUUCUGCGGUCCAUUAUACAUUAAAGAAAGGAGAUAUCGAAAUAUAAAAAAGAUCAAGUCAUAUGUAGCUGUGUUUGUAUGCAUUGCUACCAAGGCUGUUCAUCUUGAGCUUGUCAGCGAUCUAAGUACUAUUGCGUUUAUCGGUUGUCUGAAACGAUUCAUUUCGCUUCGUGGUAACAUUGAAACCAUUUCAUCUGAUAAUGGAAAGAACUUUCUUGGUGCUAAUCGGGAGCUUAAGGCUAUCUACGACACUGCCGUAUCCGAAAUUCAAAAUCAAGCAAUCCGGAGUUUCUUACUCAACAGAGGAAUAAACUGGAAGUCUAGUCCUCCAUUAUCACCGCACUUCGGCGGUCUAUAG